ACGCUCGUGCUCAAAACUCUAUUUCUUCCUUUUUCUCCCAAUUAGGAUUUCGCUCCCGCUCCAAGAUUUCUAGGGUUUCAUUCCUCUCAUCUAAGUCUUUAUCCGAUCAUGAUUCUAGAUACCAGUGGCCUCGAAUCGAGUUGUCUGCGUCCAUCGGGGAUCGAAGAGCUCAGUUCCGAUCUCUCUGCUCCCCCAUCGUUCGAUCUCCCCAGUUGCGCUGAUUUUGAUGGAUUCCAGAAGAAGGCGAUUCAGAUGGUGAAGCCGGCGAAAGGAACGACGACUCUUGCGUUUAUAUUUAAGGAGGGCGUUAUCGUCGCUGCUGAUUCUAGGGCUAGCAUGGGAGGAUACAUCUCCUCUCAGUCUGUAAAGAAAAUCAUUGAGAUAAAUCCUUACAUGAUUGGCACGAUGGCUGGAGGUGCUGCAGACUGUCAGUUUUGGCACAGAAAUCUUGGCAUUAAGUGCCGUCUACAUGAACUGGCCAACAAACGUAGGAUUUCAGUUACUGGUGCUUCAAAACUUUUGGCAAAUAUUCUUUAUUCAUAUCGUGGAAUGGGCCUUUCAGUAGGGACUAUGAUUGCUGGAUGGGAUGAAACGGGUCCUGGUUUGUAUUACGUUGACAGUGAAGGAGGAAGGCUCAAGGGGAACAGAUUUUCUGUUGGAUCUGGGUCACCAUAUGCUUAUGGAGUUCUGGAUAAGGGGUAUCGGUAUGACAUGUCAGUUGAGGAAGCUGCAGAGCUUGCUCGUAGAUCUAUUUAUCAUGCAACCUUCCGUGAUGGAGCUAGCGGUGGAGUUGCCAGUGUUUAUCAUGUUGGACCUACUGGCUGGAAAAAGCUUUCUGGUGACGAUGUUGGUGAGCUGCACUAUAAGUACUACCCUGUUGUUCCGGCCCCUGUGGAGCAUGAAAUGGCUGAUGCCCCUGCAUCUUGAAUGUCUCCUAAAAAUUUGCAGUUUAAGAUUGUCUGCAACUUGAGACCCGUGGUCACCAUGUAUGUUGAACUGUGAAACUGCUUCCAUCUACUCGGUCUCAAACUUCCUGUUUGAUAUAGAUUUUAAAGAGUUGAGAUUUUAGUGUUUGAAUGAAAUAUUGGGUUAACUUGCAUUUAGCAAUGUGCAUUGGGGUAUAGUGAUUCAAUCUCUGCAUAUUUAUGUAAGGUGUGCAUGAGAAGAGGUGACUGCUUGCUUACACUACCAGCGGCAGAAUUAGAAAUUGUUGUCUAUUGCGGUCUUUGGUUAA